UUUAUCAUUAAACGGCAAAAAACAUACAUAUUUAUGUUAAAACCAAGUUGAAAAAUAAAGCAAUUAAAUUUACACGAUAUUAACGAUUGACAGUAUGUUAAAGUCCAAGCAGCUGCUAAAGCAAUUUGCCAAAGAGUACGCCAACUUUGCGCCGGCAAAUUUCAAGCUAAAGCGUGCGCUAGUCGUGACCAAACUAUCGCGCUAUGAACUGGAGCAGCUGCGUCAUCCGGAGCUGUCACGCGAGCAGCUGGAGCAAAAGCUGCGCGAUCGUGGCACCGAUGUUGAAAUGGUGCUAUACUUGCACAAUCUGCACAAGGAUUUCGAGCGGCGUGUCGUGCAGAGCUUUCAAAAUGUUGGCUGCGAGGUGAAACUCUCCAGCAGACUUGAAUUUAGAAGCACGCUUAGCAAGGAUGUAAUGAGCUGGGCGGAUGUAAUAGUGCCUGUGGGUGGCGAUGGCACCUUUCUGCUGUCCGCCAAUCGCGCAAGUCCGCUGUUUGCACUAAGUCAGCAGAAAACGCCGAUUGUGGGCUUCAACUCGGAUCCCAAACAUUCGGAGGGACGCCUUAUGCUGCCCAAGCAUUACACCGAGGAUCCAGCUGAUGCAGUGGCACGCAUUAAAAGCGGCAACUUCAAGUGGGUGCAUCGCUCACGCAUACGCACCACGUUGCUGGGCAAUAAUGGCAACAUACCCGAGUCGACUGAUCUAUUCCGACACACAGCUGUCAAAAUGGAGCAGGUGAAGACUGCUCCCGAGCUGCUCGACAACUACAUGGCCAACAAGUACAAGGCCAAAAUGAAACGUGUUUUACCCUAUCUAGCACUAAAUGAGGUCUUCAUUGGCGAGCAUAUUUCGGCGCGCGUUUCACAUUUGCAACUAGUGCUGAACCAUGAGGAUGUGGUUAAUAAAACCAAGUGCUCUGGCUUAUGUGUUAGCACCGGCACUGGUUCCACCUCUUGGCAUACGAGCAUCAAUCGCAUCACCAGCGCUGAUGUGGAUGCAUUACUUGGCUCAUUGCCCAAUAGCGAUACGCCCGAUCUGCGUGAGAUGCGCAAGAAUGUGGAGCACAUAGCUCAGCGCUAUAAUCAGGCGCUGCUCUUUGCGCCUGACGAUCCGCGGCUCUGCUACUCCAUUCGUGAGCAAAUCUGCGUGGGCGUCUGGCCCUCGCCAAAGACCUUUAAAGCGCGCGACUUUGUGCAGCGCGUAUUUGUCAAAUCGCAUUGCAUUGAUGCUAAUUUGGUUAUUGAUGGCAGCAUUUCGUAUCCGUUUAAUGAUGGCGCCAAGGUGCUGCUUGAGAACUAUCCUGAGGAUGCGCUGCUCACCAUUGCGCUAGACUGAAAUCAUUUUUAACUGCAACCAAGCAAGGUGCCUUGCCACAAUUGUUAUGUCUAGAGAAACGUCUGAACUUUGAAAUUACAUCACGUAUACAUAUUUAAUAACUGCUUAGUAGUGUAAGCCCAAAAGUUAUUUGUUAUU